AUGCAUACCAAAGACGCGUCCGGCAAGAGGGUUUCGCUGCUGAAUGACGAGCCGGCCCAACCCCGAUACUAUGAGCAUUCCCCGUCGUCGUCCUACUCCUCCACCUCCACCUCCGCCUCCUCGUCGUCGUCCUCGAUAUACGCAUGUCAUGCUUCCAAGAAGCGGCGAUCCAUGUCCAGUCAUUCCAACCCGAGCAGUGCAUCUGCGUCCCCGACCACCCCGGCCCUGAUGCGCGCCGACUCCUACGACUCGCAGAACACGGCGUCGAACGAUACCCUCACGCCCUUGACCCCGAUCUCCAUGGUCGAGUUUGGCGGGCGGCGGUCCUCGUUCAUGAGCGUGGGAGCGUACGACGAGAGGGAGCGCGCGGAAUAUGGCUAUUGCAGCAGCGACCGCAUGCAGCCCUUCGACGAGUUCUCCGACCCGUCUUACUCCAUGGCAUCGCGGCGGUCGUCGUACGCAGAGGGGCGAGUUCCAGCUCCAGUGGGUGCAGCGUAUCCGCAGCCACGCCCUGGCGACGCAGAGACGCAGCGGCGUGGGAGCAGCGUCUCGAUCUCCGUGUCCGUCUCGGAGCGCGGGCCCAAGAGGUACAGCUGUCGCUAUCGAGACACGCUCGGGUGCGAGAAGACCUUCACGACCUCCGGCCAUGCAUCACGCCACUCCAAGAUCCAUACCGCGGAAAAGGCGGUGCCCUGCACCUUCAAGGGCUGCCAUAAGAAGUUCACACGCAAUGACAACAUGAAGCAGCAUCUCGAGACGCACUACAAGGACCGCGCGCGCUCGCGGUCAUCGGCUGCCGCUGGCAAGGCCGGCACGAAGCCGUCCUCCUCCACGGCCACGGCCACGGCCACCAACGCCGAAGCUCCGGCGCUGAAGAAGAGUCGGCGCAGCAGCCAUCACUCCUCCCACUCCCACUCGCACUCCCACUCGCACUCCCUCUCCCACUCCCGCGCCGCCCACGAUAUGCCUCUACCUCUACCUCUCCCUCUACCGCUGAGCCUAAGCCCUACUGCCACUGCCACUGCCACUGCCACUGCUGGCGAUGUGGUCGUCGACCCCGCACUACUGGCAUCGCCCACGAGCCUGUCGAGAUACUCGGGACACCAUGCCGCGCCCCCUCCCACUGCCGCCAAUCCCAGCAGCAACAACAACCCGCUCGGCCUCCAGCUUACGCUCCCCUCCCGGCCGAUGGCCAGCCUCGAGCCCCUGAGGGCGCCCAGGCUCAGCACCUCCAACGCCCAUCCCAACAACGUCCAUGCCGGCCUCGACGUCCUGGCAAUGGCAGUGGAUUGGCAGGCCCACGGCCAAGCAUAA